GUAGACAGGGACAAUAAUAUGUACAAUAGGAAGUUAGAGCUAACAAUUAUAAACUUUAUAAAAUGUAAGGGCUGUUCUUUAAUUAUUUGCCCAAACUUUAUAUUAAGCUUUAGAUCCUUUCGGCGGAGAGGUGAAGGAUGAGUAAUCAGAGAAAGAGACCCAACGGAGAAAGAGAAGAAGACGACGAGGAGGACGAUGCGGAAGGUAUCGGCCAGUGGGAGAGAGCUUACGUUGACGACAGAUCCUGGGAGGCCUUGCAAGAGGACGAGUCUGGGCUUCUACGGCCGAUUGACACCAGUGCCAUUUACCAUGCUCAGUAUCGCCGCCGCCUCCGCAUGCUCUCCGCCGCCGCAGCUGGUACUCGCAUCCAGAAGGGGCUUAUUCGCUAUUUAUACAUCGUCAUUGACUUCUCUCGGGCAGCUGCGGAAACAGAUUUCAGACCAAGCCGUAUGGCCAUAAUGGCGAAACAUGUUGAAGCAUUCAUUAGAGAGUUCUUUGACCAGAAUCCUCUCAGUCAAAUCGGUCUGGUCUCUAUAAAAAACGGAAUCGCGCAUACCCUAACAGAUCUUGGUGGAAGCCCUGAGUCGCACAUACAAGCGUUGAUGGGAAAGCUGGAAGCCGCGGGCGACUCCUCUUUGCAGAACGCCCUGGAGCUUGUGCAUGAGCAUCUCAACCAGAUCCCAUCUUAUGGUCAUCGCGAGGUUCUGAUACUGUAUUCAGCUCUAAGCACCUCUGAUCCGGGAGAUAUCAUGGAGACCAUUCAGAAAUGCAAGAAAUCAAGAUUAAGAUGUUCUGUUAUUGGACUCUCUGCAGAGAUGUUUAUAUGCAAACACCUAUGCCAAGAAACUGGUGGAUUGUAUUCCGUUGCAGUAGAUGAGGUGCAUCUAAAGGAUCUUCUGCUCGAACAUGCGCCUCCACCUCCGGCAAUAGCAGAAUUUGCAAUAUCUAAUCUGAUCAAGAUGGGUUUCCCACAAAGAGCUGCUGAGGGUUCAAUGGCGAUCUGUUCGUGUCAUAAGGAAGUUAAGAUCGGAGCUGGUUACACGUGCCCGAGAUGCAAAGCUCGUGUAUGUGAGCUACCUACGGAAUGCACCAUAUGUGGUCUGACGCUUGUUUCGUCACCGCAUCUUGCUAGAUCAUACCAUCAUCUCUUCCCAAUUGCUCCGUUUGAUGAGGUUCCUACUCUUACAAGUGCGAAUGAUCCCCGGAGGAAACUGGGAAAGAGUUGUUUUGGUUGUCAACAGAGCUUACUUGGUGCAGGGAACAAACCGGGACCAUGCGUAACAUGUCGUAAAUGCAAGCACUAUUUCUGUCUGGACUGCGACAUAUACAUCCACGAGAGCUUACACAACUGUCCUGGCUGCGAGAGCAUUCACCGUCCUAAAUCUGUUUCCUUGAUGGAAGAAUGAGAGAAUCUGUUCACACACACAAUUUUUCCAAACAAUAAUUCUGUUUGUUAUUCUCGACAGGUAUUUUAUUAUACAGUUAAUGGUUGAUCUGUGAGGAAUGAUGUUAGAGCAUAGCAUACUAAUAAAUUAACUUAAGAAAGAGUUUGCUGGACAAAGUAACAAAGGAUACAUAAAGGAAGACUUUCAAACACGUGCAACUGAAUACAGAGAAGAAACUAUGAGAAGCAGACAAAAGUCAAAAAUGAUUUGUCUUGGUCAAAUUAAAUAUGUGGGGGCCAAUCUACAUAGUAGUUUAGGACUUUUACCGUUUACAAGUCAAGUCAAGCAAUGCGACUUAAUCUCAGUCCUAUCAUCGUUAUAUAUAUAUUGUAUAAGAUUUGUAAGGCAAAACCACAUUAUCAUACAUACCAAUUUUCACUUGUUGGAAAAAUCCAAUUACUCUCUUUCCGAAGAUGAAACUGCAUUUGGCCGUAUUCUCCAUUACUUGUUGCAUCUAUGUGACCAGCUCCCCGGUUCCUCCUCGUCCGGACCAAGUUGAGCUUCUUUUAGCUUUCAAGAACGAGUUUCCAUCCCGCAGCUGCGACCCUAUCUGGAACACGCUGGAUGUUGUAAACCAUAGUCCAAAUAUAAGCUCUUGGACCAAAGAAGGUGUUUCCUUCGAUGGAGUUGUGUUUGAUAACGCCACAGGUGCGGUCACAGAGCUAAACCUUGGUGGUGCAUGUAUCAGUGGCACCAUCCAGGCUAAUAGUAGCCUCUUCCGGUUCCAACACCUCAGGUACCUCCGUCUCUUUAUCAACCACUUUGACUCGUCCCCACUCCCCUCCGGAUUUGGCAGACUCACCAGCUUGGAAUAUUUAGAUCUUAGCCAAAAUGGUUUUACCGGAGAAGUUCCAUCAUCAAUCAGUAACCUAAGCCGCUUAACCUUCUUGGACCUUUCACGUAACAAGCUCACCGGUCGGUUUCCCCAUGUACAUAAUCUAACACUUCUUUCUUCUAUAGACCUUUCUUAUAACCACUUCUCUGGAACCAUUCCUUCUAAUCUAUUCACCACCAUGCUUUCCCUAGAUUAUCUUGAUUUGCGCCAAAACCAUCUUAAAGACCCUCUUGAAACCAUGACUUCUUCUCCAAGUUCCAAGCUUGUGCAUCUAGACAUGGCCAAGAAUCUUUUUAGUUCUCGAAUCCUAGAACCUAUCUCAAAGCUACCAAACCUCACACACCUAGACCUAUCUUUUCAAAACACAACAACCUACACCAUCAACUUCGAUUUCUUGUCCUUCAAGUCUCUAGAGUAUUUGGAUCUUUCCGGAAAUAGUGUGUCAGUGCUUAAUACCUCUUCCAAAAACUUGUCGUUUCUAAUCUUGUCCAGCUGCAACCUCACUGAGUUCCCAACGUUUAUAAAGACCUCAAGGAACUUGGAGGUAUUAGACGUUUCCAAGAAUAGGCUCAAAGGAAAAGUUCCUGAAUGGUUAUGGAAACUUCCUUCUUUGAGCCAUGCAAAUCUCUCUCACAACUCCUUCAGUGGUUCGCCAAAAGUGCUCCUUAACUCGUCUCUCUCCGAGUUGGAUUUGAGUUCAAACACCUUCCACGGCUCCUUUCCUAUUAUCCCACACACCAUCAAGGUCAUGGCUGCAUCAAAUAACAAUUUCUCCGGAGGCAUACCUCUCACACUCUGCCAAGCAUCUCAGCUGAGACUCCUCGAUCUAUCACACAACAGUUUCAGUGGGUCAAUCCACCGAUGCUUGACAAAUGUAUCUGUGUUGAAACUCCGUAACAACGACCUCACUGGGAGACUUCCUGACAUAGAUAGCCGUAUACUAGUAAUACUUGACGUUGGCCACAAUCAAAUAAGUGGGAAGCUUCCGAGGUCUUUGUAAACUGCACAAGCCUAAAGUUUCUAAAUGUGGAAAGGAACCGCAUCAGUGACACUUUCCCUUUCUGGCUGAAUGCUUUGGCGCAACUGGAAGUCAUUGUUCUGAGAUCAAACAGAUUCCAUGGUCCCAUAUCUUCACCGGGAAUCUCUCUUUCGUUUACAGCACUGAGUAUAAUGGACAUAUCACUUAACAACUUCAACGGGAGUCUACCACCAGAUUACUUUGCGAAUUUGAGUGAACCUUUGGUUAAUUCUCCUCCAGUUAAGCAUUGGCCUGAGUAUAGAGGAGACUGGCACUACUAUAAAUAUCCGACCGAGCCGUGGUAUUAUCCUUCCAUCUAUUUGAGAAGCAAAGGACGAAACAUGGAGUUGGAAAAGAUCCCUGACAGAUGCGCAGUGAUUGAAUUCUCAGGGAAUAGUUUUGGAGGAGAGAUUCCAGAAUCCAUUGGUUUCUUGAAAUCUUUGAUUGUGUUGGACUUAUCUAACAACGGUUUCACAGGUCGUAUUCCAUCGUCUUUGGCCAAACUCACACAACUCGAGUCAUUGGAUCUAUCUCGAAACCAACUUUCCGGAAGAAUUCCUCAAGAGAUAAGAGUUCUCACGUUCUUGUCGUACACUAACAUGUCACAUAACAGACUCACUGGGCAAAUACCACAGGGUACGCAGAUUGGAGGGCAGCCUAAAUCCUCCUUUGAAGGGAAUAUCGAUCUUUGUGGUCUUCCGCU